AUGAAAUCUUCUUUCGGAUCUCUCUGUCUUAGAGCUCUUGCUCUAGUCGCUACUGUCGCUGCAUUACCCAGUUCAGAGCCCAGUAAUGCCUUAGUUAAGAGAGCAAGUCGAACUAGUCCACCAAGUGGCUGUCUCACAGUGGGCGGAUCAGGAACCUACAGUAACAUCAAUGCUCCACUAUCUGCACUUGGAACAGGCCACUCAACUCACUAGCUUUGCUAUGCUAGGAGUCAAGAUCAGGCAGACCCAGAACAAAGAAUGGCGUCAAAAGCUUACUACACCCCCCCGGCACACAGAACCAUCAACUAACCAACACUCGUAUCGAAGGGAAUUCCCAUGGAAGAUUCUGUCGAAACCUUGCGUCCCCCAAGGAACAAAAAGAGAGAUAGCCAGCGCCUUUUAUCAGCUUAAGCUAGGCCAUGGAUACUUCAAAUCAUACCUACACAAGCUCGGCCACACUACCAACAACCGCUGUAGAUGUGGAAGACAAGAGACUCCCACUCACCUCCUUCUUAGCUGUCCAGAAACUGGGGAUGCUAGGAAAGUACUAAAGCGCAACCUCCUCAAGCAUCAUAUUCGAGAGUUCACCAUGAAAUCCCUCCUUCACACCGCCAAAGGAGUCGAGGCCACACUUGACUUUAUUCGAACCACCAAAAUCGCCACUAGAAUAUGGCACACACAACGCGCAACUGAGGAUGAGAACGAAGAUGAGGACGAGGAAGACGAGAACGAGGAAGUGUAGCGUACAGGGCGUGAAACUAGGGGGCGUACUACAACAUAACAACUUUUCUUUUGUCAUAACCAGAAGCCUAGCUGCUUCCAACAACCCAAGAACUGUAAUGACCAUAACCCCCUUCUCAAACAUGUAUUUAGUACAGCUUUACUCAUCUGUUGGAGGGAAACCCCCAGCCGUGCUACUAUAGUCUCAGACUCACACAGCACGUUAAAAGGAAUAAUAAUAAUAAUAAUAAUAACACUUGGAACAGGCACCACAGCAAAAUGCAUUUUUGUGAGUUUUGAGGCUUCCCCUGCAUGAAAAUUCUUAUUCUAAUCCGCAAUUUAUAGAUUUACAGCGGCACAUACACUGUUACUGAACAGAUCCAUAUCACUUACAAAGGACCUUUGACGCUUUAUGGUUACACCACUGAGUUUGUACUUCCCACACAAAUAUAUCCACAAAAUACUAAAUAUGAUCUAGCACCGGAAGUUUCAAGCAAAACGUUGUUACCUUCCAGAGAAGCUUGAAAUCAGACGAUGCCGGAGGUCUUGAUGGUUCUGCUACCAUGAAUGUUGUGGUUUCCAACUUCAAAGCCUACAACAUCAACUUCAAGAACACAUUUGGAAAAGGCGCCCAAGCAGUGGCGGUUUGCGCAAAUGGUGACCGUCAGGGAUAUUACGGAUGUGGAUUCUAUGGUUACCAAGAUACUCUUUAUGCCAAAGCUGGCCAUCAAUAUUACUCUAACUGCUACAUGGAGGGAGCUGUUGACUAUAUAUUCGACGAUGCAGCUGCUUAGUUUGGUGAGUGCACGAUUGCCAGUAACGGGAAUGGUGCCGUCACGGCAAAUUCCCGAGGUGUAGCAGAUGAAGCUACAUGGUAUGUGAUUGAUCAUAGCAUGGUAAGUUAUGGAAUAUAUUUUAACUAUAAGAGCUGCCUUCUGAUAGAGUGUUAGGUUACAGCAGCUGCUGGCCAAAGUUUGACAGGAAAGGUAUAUCUUGGGCGACCAUGGCGAGCUCUUUCACGGGUCAUGUACCAGAAUUCAGUCCUUUCUGGUGUCGUUGCUCCUGGUGGUUGGAGUACUCUUUACGAUGGUGCUACACUGUGAGUUCACUAUGUCCACCUGGAAAUAUGAAGCUAACGUUUCGCGAAGACUCUUUUACGAGUACAAUAACUCAGGUUAGUUAAAAAGUAAUUUUUCUAGAUUAUUCAACUAAUAUUUUGUCCUUGAAGGUGACGGAGCGGAUACGUCGAAGAGACAAUGUGAGUACCUCACACAUAUUGAGGAGCUAGGUCGCUAA